AUGGUUCGCGAGCGUGUUGCUCAGAAGAAGUCGUUCCAGCAGAGUCUGGACGACAUUAAAGAAAAGAUGAAGGACAAGAGAAACAAACGGCUUGCCAGCGCCUCUGCUGCGAGUCGCGGACUGUCAAAGAUGAAGAACAAAAACAACGGUACUGUAAAGCCAUUUGUGCUGAAAAGCGUACAGGUGAACAAUAAAGCGCUAGCCUUAGCCCUUCAGGCCGAGAGGGAGAAGGUGCGUCAAGCGCAGGGGAUCAUUCUACAGCUGAAAAAAGAAAGACAAGCCCUCAUCUUCCAUCUGCUGUUGCUGAAGAGGACAUUAAAGGAGCAGGGACAGGGAACAGGUGCUCAGGCUCAGGUUUCUUCUCCUGACCAGCCUGAGUUAUGUCCUCCUGCGGAGAUCUGCCCGAGGCCUGUGACUUGUGUUGAGCCUACUGUCAGGGAGGAUGUUUUCAUCUCAGAGACCCCAGAGGAGCUCCCUGGACCAGCCCAAACCGAUACAGACCCUGGUUGUCCUGGUGAUUCACCCGUCGUGCUGCCGCCCACGGUUGGAACAAGGCGUCGUCGCAGUAGACAGUCCCAACGUGUACGGAGACAAAGUUCUCUUUUUGUUCCUACCUCACCUCAGGAACCAGUCAGGGAAGAAACAGAGCCACAGGAGAUGCAGAAGCUGAGCAUGGGAAUGACUCUCUGCCCAACAGAGGAGCGCGUUAUGAAUGAGGGGUUAACUGGAGAACUGAAUAGUGGGAACCAGUUGGUUGAUGGUCUGGACGUAGGUUUGGUCUCUGAGCUUUCACACCUCCCAGCAGUCCAGCACUCCACCCCAGAACCUCCGCGUCAAGCCUCCAGACAGCCGCGCAAGAGGCCGGCUCAGCCCGCAGCCCAGUCCAGACCGGAGAGGGGCCGCAAACCCGACCGCGCCCCGCUUAAAAAGCCGUGGGAGAACAGCAAGCCCCGGGCGCGCUCCAAAAGCAGGGACCGCCCUAACAGCCGAGCCCGUCCUGUCCCACUGCCCGGUGACCGACUCAACUCCUCUCUGGGUGGCAACGACACGUUUGACUUUGACUGCGAGGAGGGGGUUCACCUCACGCCUUUCAGGUCAGGGGUCAAAGCCUCCCAGGAGUGCUCGCAAGACAAGCCCGUCAAAGAGAGCGCCCCACCCUCUCCCGCUGGUGCCACCAUGGAGACGGUCGCCAGCACCGAGGAGGAGGAGUCGGAGUCAGAGGACAGCCUGUAUGUUCCAGAAAAGAAGUCAAAAGCUCGUACUCUGCCCCCCAGACGGGCUCGCUCCAAAAGGAGGAUGAGUCUGGAGAGCAGGAGGAACAGGGAUAAAGAGAAUAUUCCUCUUAAAGGACCCUGUGACCUCUCUGAUAAUCAACAGGCCUCAGCAGCGGUAGCAGUCGAGGCUGAUUCACCGAUGGCUCCUGUGAGUCCAGUGCUGGACACAGAGCUCAUGCUGAAUGACGUCCCAAUCCGGGGCCUCACAGACCUCUCCGGCCAAUCACCUUCUAUAAGGAAACUCACAGACCUCUCCAGCCAAUCACCUUCAAUAAGGAAACUCACAGACUUCUCCAGCCAGUCACCUUCAGUGGACAGCAGUGUGUCCUUGGUGACGGCCAGGGGCAGGAGGAAAGGUGGGCUGAUUGUACGUUCCUGCCUUGGCUUGGGUUUGAGUGACGUGACAAAUCUCUCUCCUGCAGCCUAUCAGAAGCCUUUCUCUGGUCGAGAGUCCACCCCGGGUCCUGCCCGGAAGCGACGCCGCACAGGGGCAGUGAAUUAUAAGGAGCCGUCACUCAGCUCGAAGCUUCGCCGUGGGGAUAAGUUCACAGACACUCAGUUCCUGCGUUCUCCGAUAUUCAAACAGAAGUCGCGGCGUUCUCUGAAGACACAGGAGAAGUAUAACGAGUCAUUUGUGGGGUGUCGCUGA